AUGUCUGCCUCUGGUGAGUCGCUCGGUUGGCUGCGACGAAGUGCCCGCUCAUCGUUUUUUUCAGAGGGAAAGAACUCCAACCGUGUUGCCGGCGGCCUCAAGGCUACCCUCCACAACCCCACCAUCGGCGAGGACACCAAGCAGAGCGCCGCUCAGCGCCUCGAGGAGAUGGGCGUUGACGCCGACUCCAAGGCCCCGUCCUCGCAGCCCGCCACCUCGGGCCAGGAGCACCACAACCAGCGCAUGGGCGGCUUCAAGGCCACCCUCCACAACGACAACGUCUCCGAGGAGGCCAAGUCCCACGCCCGUGACGUCCUCCAGGAGAACAACGUCGACUUCCAGGAGUAG